ACCAAUUAUGGUAAAAUAACAUCUUGUUUCUAUGUAAUAUCGACCCGUUGUUCCAUAUAAGACAUUUACAGUAUGAGGUGAAAUGUUGUGUUUAUACAACAAAGCCCAGCACAUUAAAGCGUGCUUGUGAAAAGCCACCAGUUUCACAGGAAGUUUACCCACAAUAUAUGGACAUUGUAGUAAAAAAUGAAGCCCUUCGAACUUCUGAAAAACAUAUUGAGGUAUAAUAUUCCAGAAGCUAUGAGGAUUUUUUAAUGUACCUUUUAACCCAGUUGAUUUUGAUAUCUGAUUGAAGAGAGUGAAGUCUAAGACAUUUAGACCGCCAUCACAAACCCUGUUGGUGAUAACAUCUCUUUUUAUCUUAUGUGGCUUGUUUUUCCAUAUGAAGUUGUACAAUAGCCUAUCUAAGGUACAGCAAUUGGAUUUGGGAAUGUCAAUAGACAAAAAAAGAUAGCCCCUCAGCUUUGGAUAAAAGCACCCUUCCUUGAAGACUUAAAUCCCUCCCUAACCAUGAGGAUAUUUUGUUUUAGACAGUGUCACACCCUGACUGUAGAGAGCCUUUUAAUGUCUCUAUUUGGUUUGGUCGGGGUGUGAUUUGGGGUGGGCGUUCUAUGUUUCGUUUUCUAUGAUUUUGUGUUUCUAUGUUUUGGCCGGGUAUGGUUCUCAAUCAGGGACAGCUGUCUAUCGUUGUCUCUGAUUGGGAACCAGACUUAGGUAGCCCUAUUCCCUUCUUUCUGUGUGGAAUGUUGACACUAUAGCUUCACGGUUGUUUAUUGUUGGCGGCAUAUAAAGGAAUAUGUACGCACACCAUGCUGCAUCUUGGAUCUCUUCAUUCAACGGCCGUGACAGACAGAUUCAGUUAAAGGAUUCAGAUCAUUCACAGCCUUAAGAUUGUUGGUGAUCUUUACACUGAGGUCUAUGGUUACAUUUUCCUGAUGAACAGAGUUAUGGCUGACCCGAUUCAGGUUUUUGUGGACCGCUGGCCAGAAUUCAAUGUCAUUCUCUGCAAACCACCAUAUGGGAAGGAGGGGGACCUAUUUAAAGACACAUGUGUUUUUACUAAAGAUGAAGCUUCUUUUAGGAAUAUCCUUGGAGAGAACAACAUAAUUGACUGGACAAAGUUCCUCUGUUUAGGCACCAGUCUUUGCUAUGAGGAGAUGAUGAUGGCGGUGGCUUCUGAGAGAAAGGUGCCCGUGAAUAAAGUGUCUGUGAGUCACAUGAUGAUGCUCCAGGAUCCAUCCCGCCUUCCACCUGUAGAAAGUGCAAUUGAAUCAAUGAUAUCCUCACUGGACGAAUCCCAUGCUGAUCUUGUCAACAAAACCUGGAAGUUCGGGAACACUGAGAACAGUUUCCAGAUGAUCCGGGACAUGAUCCGGCACUACCCGUCUUGCUGUGUGCUGGAUGCAGAGAGCCAGCUGCCCAUAGCCUGGGUUCUGACCUAUCCCUCCUGUGCCAUGGGUAUGUUGUACACCCUGCAGGAGCACAGAGGACAGGGCCUGGCCAAAGCCCUGGUCAACAGCAUGUCCAGGAGACUCUAUUCUCAGGGCUUCCCAGUGUACUGCUUCGUUGAGGAGGAGAAUACACUGUCCUACAACCUCUACACCAACCUGGGCUUUACUGAGGACCCUCAAUACAGGGCUGCAUGGUUUGACUUUAACAGUUUGUGAUUAAGGUCGUGCAUAGAUAUCAAUGUUGACAUUAAAAGCUAUGCUAUUAUCUAAAAAAAAAAGACAGUGUGUGAAGAGAUCAUAUCAUUGCAGGAUGGACUUUGAGCAAAUAUUACUUUGAACAGUUAUUAAAUGUAUCUAUGCACACAAUUCAAAUACCAUUUAGACUGGCAACGAUUCCAUUAGCUUACAUUUAGCAACAAUCUUAUCCAGAGUGCUUACAUUUUUUUACUUUUCCUUACUGGUCCCCUGUGAUUAAGGUCGUGCAUAGAUAUCAAUGUUGACAUUAAAAGCUAUGCUAUUAUCUAAAAAAAAAAGACAGUGUGUGAAGAGAUCAUAUCAUUGCAGGAUGGACUUUGAGCAAAUAUAACUUUGAACAGUUAUUAAAUGUAUCUAUGCACACAAUUCAAAUACCUUUUAGACUGGCAACGAUUCCAUUAGCUUACAUUUAGCGACAAUCUUAUCCAGAGUGCUUACAUUUUUUUACUUUUUCUUACUGGUCCCCUGUGGGAGUCAAACCCACAACUCUGUCGUUGGAAGCGCCAUGCUACCAACUAAGCCACACGGCACCCCAUGAUGUUUGUUUCUCCAGGCUUAUUUUCAGUGUGGUGUAAUUAGAAUGCUGCAUAGUAAAAUAUGCUAAUUGUAUUCUGAGCUAUAACACUUCAUCAGUGUUGUUUAGAUUUCUGAUUCCAAAUGAGGGAAUGUUUACAAAAACAAAACAAAAAAUAGAAUAAAUACAAUUUAAACUCAA